AUGUCUACCGCAGCGUUUCGAGUUCAUGAGCACACCAUCCCGUCUGCGCAUAUUAGAGGGUAUCCCCGUGCCACCAUCGAUGACCAGGAAGAAGUGCUGCACCUUGCUGUAAAGCAGUACACUCCAAGGCAUGCAUUCAAGUGCAAGCACCAGGUGACGGUGAUCGGUGCGCAUGCCAAUGGCUUUCCCAAGGAGCUCUACGAGCCGUUAUGGGACGAACUGUACGAACGCUUGAAGGCGAAGGACAUUUCUAUCAGCAGCAUCUGGAUUGCGGAUGUCGCUCACCAAGGCGCAUCCGGCGUGCUGAAUGAGAAGAAGCUAGGCAAUGAUCCCUCGUGGAUGGAUCAUCCGCGCGAUCUUUUUCUGAUGGUGAACCACUUCCGACAACACAUGCGACGCCCAAUCAUUGGCGUCGGCCACAGUAUGGGCGGCAACAACCUCGUAAAUCUGUCUCUCAUUCACCCUCGCCUCUUCACGACUCUCAUCCUCAUAGAUCCGGUAAUUCAGCGUCUCCCUUCAGUCAUGGGUAACUUCGGCCCAGCACGGGCUUCUGCGAAUCGUAGGGACCGUUGGCCAAGCCGCAAAGCCGCAGAGACGUCGUUCAAGCGAUCGAAAUUCUACCAGCGAUGGGACCCUCGAGUGUUGGAUCUCUGGAUCAAGCAUGGCCUUCGCGAUCUACCUACCCACCUCUACCCGUUCGCCACAGCAGCCUCAUCGACUCCACCAACAAUCACCGCAGAUCCGAGCACAGCGACGGUACCGCCAGAGCCGAUGACGGAGAAGGAGGUCACAUUGACCACCACCAAGCAUCAGGAAGUGCUGCAAUUCUUACGCCUCAAUCUCCCCACCGCAGAAUAUCCAGACCCUACAACAGAAUCAAACCCAAUUACUCACCCAGACGUGGCUUUAUCAACCCCGCCAGUUACGCCCAUGUACCGCCCGGAGCCGCUCGAAACCUUUACAAAGCUGCCUUUCCUACGGCCGAGUGUCUUCUACGUCUUUGGCGACGAGUCGCACCUAUCCGCGCCGAUCAUGAAAGCCGACAAGCUCGCGCAGACCGGCAUCGGUGUUGGCGGCUCCGGCGGCGUGAAGAAGGGUCGAGUCAGCGAAGUCACACUUCAUGGCGUUGGCCAUCUGAUUCCGAUGGAAGAAGUCGGCAAGACCGCUGACGCAUGUGCUGCAUGGCUGGAGCCAGAACUCGAGCGGUGGCGAGCCAUAGAGGAUGCAGACCGUGCGCAGUGGCUCAAAGUUCCGGUCGCGCAGCGAAGCCAGAUGAGCGAAGAGUAUGUCAAUGCGAUCAAUGGCAUUCAAAUUCCGGGCAUGCCAAAUAAGCCCAAAUUGUAG